AUUGUUUGUAUUUUAAAACGCAAAAAUACUACAGCGAAGAAAUACGAAUGCAAUGAAAUGAAAAUGUUAGUCAGAGACACGUGGUUUGUUCCCUUUCCAAUUUAGACAGCAUGGACAACAAGCAAAAAGCAAAGUCAGUGACGUUAUCAAUUUGGGGAGAACAACAACAACAACAAAUUAAUUAAUCCAAUCUUUGAGAUGCAAAAAGAAAGCUCGUGGUCUGUUGUAUGGUUGAUUCGUCAAAAUCCCCAAGAAUAUUACAACUCAGAUUCGAUCUCUUUUUCAUUCAUUCCUUCAUUACACAACGUUUGACCCUAUUCUCUUCAUCCAUGGCUUCUCUGAAUUUCACUCCGGUUCGUUACAACAACAGGAACUCGGCUGCUGACUUUGCUGUCGCUCGCCAUGCUCGUCCGAGUAUGACUGGGCCCUCUCGAGUUGGGUUCAAGGUUUUUGCUUCAGUUUCUCAAGCUGAGCCAGAUUUGAGUGUGUCUGUGAAUGGGCUCAAAAUGCCCAAUCCGUUUGUGAUCGGGUCGGGUCCUCCCGGCACCAAUUACACCGUCAUGAAGAGAGCCUUUGAUGAAGGCUGGGGCGCUGUGAUUGCCAAAACUGUGUCACUAGAUGCUGCCAAAGUUAUUAAUGUAACUCCAAGGUAUGCCCGGCUACAAGCAGGAGCAAAUGGCUCAGCCAAGGGACAAAUAAUUGGGUGGGAGAACAUUGAACUCAUCAGUGAUCGCCCUCUUGAAACUAUGUUAAAAGAAUUUAAGCAACUGAAAGAAGAGUAUCCAGAUAGGAUUCUUAUUGCCUCCAUUAUGGAAGAAUAUGACAAAGCUGCCUGGGAAGAACUUAUUGAUCGAGUUGAGCAAACUGGGAUUGAUGCCAUAGAAAUUAAUUUCUCAUGCCCUCAUGGCAUGCCUGAGCGUAAAAUGGGUGCAGCAGUUGGGCAAGAUUGUGCGCUGUUGGAUGAAGUUUGUGGAUGGAUAAAUGCAAAAGCGACUGUUCCUGUAUGGGCAAAGAUGACACCUAACAUCACUGACAUCACAAUGCCAGCAAGGGUGGCUUUAAGUUCAGGAUGUGAGGGGGUAUCUGCCAUUAAUACAAUCAUGAGUGUGAUGGGAAUCAAUCUUGAUACUUUACGUCCAGAGCCCUGUGUUGAGGGCUACUCAACUCCUGGGGGUUAUUCUGGCAAAGCAGUCCAUCCUAUUGCACUUGCAAAAGUAAUGAGCAUUGCAAAAAUGAUAAAUUCGGAAUUUAAUGACAAGGAGUACUCACUUUCUGCCAUUGGGGGUGUUGAGACAGGGGGUGAUGCUGCUGAGUUUAUUCUUCUUGGAGCAUAUACUGUCCAGGUCUGUACAGGUGUUAUGAUGCAUGGCUAUGGCCUUGUGAAGAAACUCUCUGCGCAGCUCAAGGAUUUUAUGAAGAAGCAUGAUUUCUCAUCUAUAGAAGAUUUCAGAGGGGCAUCCCUUCAAUAUUUUACAACUCAUACGGAUUUAGUGCGAAGGCAGCAAGAAGCAAUUCAAGAGAGGAAAGCCGUUAAGAAAGGUUUGCAGUCUGACAAAGAUUGGACAGGAGAUGGCUUCGUGAAAGAGACUGAGAGCAUGGUUUCUAACUAAUUGGACUGCCAAAGGAAAGCCUUCUCUGUCUAUUGUAUGAUUCUAAAUAAAUGGGUUUUUAGUUGUAUGUGGUUGAGAGAUGUCUUUCUUGUUCUUUGCAUCUCAGAAAGGGUUAAUCGUACGAAUGAUUGAAGGUGCUGAUGUAAUAAACCAAAAGACAAGUUGUUAAUAAGGAAGUGCAGCUGUUUCAUGUAGCA